AUGGGCAUUGUCAAGAAUGGAAAGGUUGUUGUAUUGCUCAAUGGCCGUUUUGCUGGCCGUAAGGCUAUCGUUGUAAAGACGUACGAUGAGGGCCGUGGUGACCGCAAGUUUGGCCACGCCAUUGUUGCUGGCAUUGACCGAUACCCGCGCAAAGUUACGCGCUCGAUGGGUAAGAACAAGCUCAAGAAGCGCUCAAAGGUGAAACCAUUUGUCAAAUACGUCAACUACAAUCACAUCAUGCCUACCCGUUACAUUGCCGACAUUGACCUGAAGAAAGUCCUUGAUGAUGAUGUUCUGGGCAAUCCGGAGACCCGCAUUGAGUCCCGCAAGACCAUCAAGAAGGUGUUUGAGGAGCGCUACCUGAACCAGGGUGCAUGCAAGUCGGAGAAGAAAGCUGCUGGUGUUAGCUUUUUUCUUUAA